GCACCGUGUCUAAAACACAAUAUCUAAAACAGCUAUGGUCAACUGUAGCAGCUUCAACUACAGCAAACAAUCAAAAGUCACUGCUCAGCACAGGCCAAAGCAGCGCUCGCGUCUUUAUAAGUACGCCUUCUGUUCCCUGCGUCAAUUCAAUGUACCCUGCUUCUGUUCGCACGCAACGCCCAAGCACACACGCGCACUCAGCAUACUGUACCAGCCCCCUUCAUUACGAACAACAACCCUGAAACCCGCGACACUCACGCGUGUGCAUCAUCAAUACCUCACUAGCAUGUCAAUUCAAGGCUCUGUAGCGUAUAACUUUGUGUCCUCGAAUCAAGUCCCGGUGUUCAGCCAGGAGCCCGUGCUGGACCGCCAUGCAAUGCUGCCUUUGGCCGCAGGGUCAUCUUCUCGCAAGCGGAACUUGUCACAAGGUGGGUGCUCUCUUGGAAUGCAUUCGAUGUUUCAAACUCCAGAACUAAACAUCUGCACUGUGUCUGCAAGCAGAUAUCUCCAGCUCCAAGCGCGCAAAACAGACGAGGUCUUCAAGAUGAACGAGGCCACCCUAGCCAAGACAUCCGACUUGUUCAAGUAUGCGCUCUACCGCUCCCCCUGGUCCCCCGCCUCGCCAGGUCCCGGAAACAAAGACACCCCUCCCGCAGCAGACGAACCACCCAGCAGCGCGCAGUCCUCCAACAAGUUGAUCCCCUCCACGACCAUCUCCCCCACUAUCCCCAUCGUCCGCCUUAACACCACCCCAUCCGCCCUCAUCCUCAACUGUCUCUGGGCCGUCGCCCGGCCAGAUCACCUCUCCAUGUACCUCGACUCGACAAUCCCGCGCCCUAGCUACGAUUUCACUCUGUAUCUCUAA